AUGCCAGUGCCAGUCCAUCUCUCUUCCCGUGUCAAAGGCUCCAUAUUUGGCCUUGCGGUGUGCGACGCACUCGGGGGCCCCGUCGAGUUCAAACCCCGCGGUUCCUUCGACCGGGUGACGCAGAUGCUGCCCAACGACAACUUCGGUCUCCCAGCGGGUUGUUUCACGGAUGACACUUCGAUGACUCUGUGCCUGGCUCACUCGCUUCUGGAGUGUGGCGGCCAGUCCAAUAUCGUGCACCAGGCCGAAAAGUACAUCUCGUGGUGGCGGGACGGAUACAUGUCAUCGGUCGGUCGGUGCUUCGACAUUGGGGUCUCGACGAGAAGUGCGCUCGAGAUGUGGGACAAUUUCCUCCAUCUCGUGCCUCGGGACUCGUCACCACCGGUGGAAGAGACGGAGCGUGCGAUACUCAAGAAGAUUUCCUUUUCGUUCGGCAAGGACGAAUAUUGCGGCAAUGGGAGUCUGAUGAGAGUGCUCCCAGCGGCCUUGCUCGCCCCCAGCGAGCCGGAUGCCGUCCAUCUGGCGCACGAGAGCUCGCUGCCCACACACCCUCAUCCGCGGUGCGCCCACGCGUGCAUGAUCUACACUGCGUUGGUCCUACAGGCGCUCAACGGUGCGUCCAAGACCGAGCUUGCCGUCAGCUUGGCCGAAUCGGUGCGAGAGGUCCCCAGCAAUAUCUCCGACACUCCCGUCGAACCCGUGCUCGCGGAGAGGCUAGGCAAGUACCAGACACUAAGAGAUUGGGAGGAGACGCCGGCGGAAUCAAUCCGGAGCACGGGCUAUGUUGUCGACACGCUCGAGGCGUCGCUCUGGGCCUUCUUCAACGCCGACACUUUCGAAGAGGCCGCAACCCUCUCUGUCAACUUGGGUUACGACGCGGACACUGUGGGCGCGAUAUGCGGUGGACUCGCUGGGGCAUAUCACGGGUUCGAAGCCAUUCCCGACCGCUGGCUGCGCGAGAUGAAGAAGACAGACGUCCUCGACGAAGUAGUGCAGAAGAUAGUCGAGCACAGGACCAGAACAGUUUAA